AUGGCGACCACAAGCAAGCAGUACAAGGGCAUCGGCGAGGACCUUUGGAAGGGACGAACCGAGAAAAUUAAUGCAGAGCUAUUCGCCCUUACAUACGGCGCUUUGGUGGUCCAGUUGAUCCAGGACUAUGAGGAUUACGCCGAAGUGAACAAGCAACUGGAGAAAAUGGGCUACAACAUCGGAACUAGGCUGAUAGAGGAUUUCUUAGCGAAGAGUAACUUGGGCAAAUGUGCCGAUUUCAGAGAGGUCGGAGAAGUAGUAUCGAAAGUCGGGUUUAAAUCAUUCUUGAACAUCACCCCGACCGUCACCCACUCUCCUCCGACCGCCCCUGCCUCCAAUCGCCCAACUAGCACUGGUGGUAACCCUGCGACAUCGGGGCCCUGGUUCACACUAACCUUGGACGAGAACCCUUUGGCUGAAUUUGUGGAACUGCCAGAGGAGGCUCUCGAAGGUGGUUUAUGGUUCAGUAAUGUUUUAUGUGGGGUCCUACGCGGCGCACUGGAAAUGGUUCAAAUGCAGGUUCAUGUUGAAUUUGUUUCUGACGUGUUGCGCGGCGACGAAAGCACGGACAUAAGAGUGAGGCUGUUGAAGUAUUUGGAGGAAGAAGUACCAGCAGGAGACGACUAG